AUGUUCAGAUUGAAGUUCAAAUAUGGUGCUAGUCAUGGAAAUGAGCUCAUUUUAUGUCAAUUCGCUUUGUCUUUAGUUCCAGAGGUGGCCCCAACUCAACCUCACAAGGUUAGAACUACAAAAGUCACUGGACAGAAAAAAAUAUCAGUUCCAGACGUGGCCCCAACUCAGCCUCAAAAGGUUACAACUACGGAGGACUCUGAAAACAAAAACAUUACAGGUUUCAUAUGUCCAUCAUUCGAGGAACCUGCUGAAUGCCCAUCAGGUGAUGAUGAGGACGACCUAUGUCAGGCCGAAGGCAAAAUUGGCAGUGAUGUCGGCUGCCCACCGGGUUUAAUAUGUUGUAAUACUGGCUGUCAGUUUCUUGAUUGUGUGGUUCCAGAGGUGACCCCAACUCCAACUCAACCUCAGAAGGUGCCGGUCUGCGAAAAACUCCAAAAUGCUUUUCAGAACCUAAAAAGACAACUGGACGAGAUUCAAAAGGAGCUAAAGAAUUUACCAAAGGAUGAUGUGGACAGAAGAAAGGAUUCAUCCCUGCCUAAAAACUGUGCUGAGCUCUACAAAUCUGGAGAAACAAUAAGCGGUGUUUAUACAAUCGACCCUGAUGGGUCAGGUACCUUUGAUGUCUAUUGCGACCAGAAAACAGCUGGUGGGGCAUGGACAGUUUUCCAGAAGAGGCUGGACGGCUCCGUUGACUUCUACCGUGGGUGGAAGGAGUACAAUAAUGGUUUUGGUAACCAGAAUGGCGAGUUCUGGCUUGGAUUAGACAAAAUACACCGCCUGACAAUUAGUAACAGAUACAAGCUGCGAGUAGAUCUGGAAGACACCGAAGGAGACAUACGCUAUGCAGAAUAUGAUUUGUUCGCUGUCGCAAGCGAGAGCACCGGGUACCAGCUUAUCCUUGGGUCUUACUCAGGAGCUGCUGGAAAUUCUCUUACUCGUCAUCGAGGAAAAGCCUUUUCCACCCCAGACAGGGACAAUGAUCGGUAUUGGCCUCACAACUGUGCUUCAUUGUACAAAGGAGCGUGGUGGUUCGACGAUUGUCUUGACUCCAACUUGAAUGGUCCGUAUCAUGGCAAACACCAAUUUUAUUCUGAAGGGAUCUACUGGUAUCACUGGCAAGGAAAGGAUUUCUCUGCCAAAAGAACCGAGAUGAAAAUCAAGCCAGUGAACGCCUAGAGCUCCAUCGAUGCCCUCCAGUUAUUACACAGCUUGAAUUUUGAUUAGGUUAGGAUUAGAUUACCAAAUUUCUUUGAAUCUUUAGCAUUUAAUUGUUGGCAACAGACCACUAUUAGAUAUCGAUGCAAUGGCAGAAAUUGUAGAAGAACCGAACCUGAAGUGAAGGAGACAGAGUAAGACCCAAUUAUGGGCAUCGGGAUUUAAAACAGAGACGCAUAACAAUAUAUUGCCAAAAAUAUACUCUUGUUUUAUUCAUAGGGAUUUUCUUUUUUGUUUGUUUGUUUGCUUGUUUGUUUUAUAACCCCUUAAGAUAUGGAAACUCAGUAGCUUG